CGUUUCCUGAUGCCUUUCCAGGUGCCCGGCAGCCGGCCGGCUCUGCGUGGCCGAGCGGCAGGGACUCAAUUGCAAAUCCUCUGUGGCAGUAGGGAACGUAUUGCUCACACUUUGCACAUUCGGAUAGUUAUCUACAAGACUAAAACAGCUUCAACUGUCAACUUUUUUCAAUAAGAGACUAAUUUAAACCACAACAUUUUGGUUGUUUUCAUUUUCCGUACUAGAGUAAUAAUUCCCAUUCUUCCCCAUUUAAAUGUUCAUGCAGACUUAAUUACUGAAUGUUUUGUUACAGACGUUUCAGUGGCAUAAAAUGGUAAACAUAAGGAGGAUUACGAUAAUGUCGGUGGAAUGCAACUGCGAUCGAACGGAAUCUUUUUAAUGUACCGCGAGAGGGCGCUGUCGUACAACUGAACCUGCGCCCCACUGAAUGCAGCCUCGGAAUCUGGCCUGAUAAAGCAGCUGCUCUGCCUAGUCACUUGGAAGCGACCCAAAAGUAUAGAAACCAGAAAAAGCCCCCAUCCUCACCACAUCCUCUUCCGCUUCCCGAACAUGAGACAACAAUGUAACAUUAUGCGCCAAUGCAUCGAUUCAUAGCAAUUCAUUCAUGUCGAUAUUAAGGCGACGAUUUAACGUCUUUCAGGAAACCUGAAUCUGACCAUUUACGGACAAGUCGAAUAAUUACGCUCACGUUAUCUAUUACUAACUUUUAAGCUAUGCUACUUAAGUUUAAUGAAGAUCAGUGAAUUAUAAAUUGGUAUUAAUGAAUUACCUACCGUGAUAGAACAAGGUUUGAAAUUCAGUGUGUUAGAGUUCUGCAUCGUCCAGACUGAAACGUAAAGUCGACCUGUUACUUCUCAAUCGCAUGUGUCACAUUGACGCUUGAAAUAUUCAAUAACACAAACGUAUUUUCUCAAACACACACAUAAGCAAUUUUGCGCCCCCCUCCCGUCCUUUGUUUCCUCUAUAAAGAGACCCCUUUUCUUGGCAGCGAACAUGUUUUGCUUCGGGCUGAAUUUCCUUGAAAUUAUCUCACACUCACGAACGCGGUCUAUUUUUGGCCUUAAACGGCGGACGAAGAAAAAAAAUAAAACAAAUGUUGGUGUGGGCGUGGGGGCAUAUGGAGGGUGCAUUUGGGAUUAUAUUUGGGAAUACAGGGAGACAAGGUUAAUGUCACCAGUGUCACCGCUGUCAUGUCCUGUGUCUCACACGCACUUCUGUCCUUAAGUGUUACUUCUUACUGCGCCGAUUACUCUGGACUUCCAUCCAUCCCCUCAGCCAGCGAUGUGAAAUUCCUUUUCAACAAGUAAUUAGCUAUUUGUGUAAGAUUCGCGGUCUGAAAGACGCGCUAAUGAUUACAGCUGUCACUCCGCUGCGAGCUCAGUGAGAACUUUGCGGCCAGUGACCGUUAUAAGACCAAUGGGUGAAUUUUCUGAAAUUCCUGGAACAGUAUCGCCGAGAAUGUUCUUUCUGUAGUUCAUUAGAGGCCAACACAAGGGUUACCAUCUAUUUGUCUUAAUAAAAUAUAACUAUACCACGGCUAAUUCCGAGCUUAAAAGAAAUUAGACUGCAUUUUCAAGAAGAGCCAACUUGUCCCACAAUCAUGGGCGUAAAUUACAUGGGGGGUGGGGAGGUUGUAGCCCCCUCCCCCCCCAUGUCAAAACCAGCUAAUACAACACGCCCCCCCAAUAAUCAUGUUUCUCCCGUAAUGAGUGGAGACCUGGAGACGAGUGUGUGUGUGUGUGUGUGUGUGUGUGUGUGUGUGUGUGCGUGUGUGUGCGUGCGUGCGCACGCCCGCGCGAUCUGGGCACUCCGGGUCCCUCCCUGUACAGCGACACGCAGUUACCCUAAUUGGCGCCUCUAAAUCGCCACCCAGGACGUACCGCCUGCUUUGUGAGCCAAGCUGCGUGGGACUGACCACAGUGCAUCAGGUUAAUUAGUUGCUCUGUCCUUCAGGGUGACCCUCUUUACCAUUUUACGGCCAGUCCGAAUGAAUUACCCUGAUAAAGGGUUUAACACAGAGAGCCCGGUCGGAAGCGUUGCACGUCCUUUCCUCUGCGGCCGAAGUAGGUGUCCAGUGUAUGUUCUGGGUGCCUUUCUGAGCUGGAAAGUGGAACUGCCCCCAUCGAAAGGUUCGGCUGUUUUUUCUCUAUUAAUUCAUCUGCGGAUCUUUUCAGUGUGUAAUCGCAGGAUUCAUGAGACCAUUAAUUGUUUUCGUUAAAUGACUGAGAUAAAUACUCGAUUGUAACGUAUUCCUUUAAAAAUGUCAAUUAUUAUUCAAGUGUAACCCACGCGAUCUGCUGGGAAAAACAUACUUAGCCCUAAUUAUACAAGAUGUGGGGAAUUCUGAACUACAGCUCCCAUAAACGCAGGAUCACUAAGGAGCCCCUUUCUCUGCUGGAGGAGGUUUGAAAAAAAGUUUGGGAAAGAAUCCCUGGAAUUUGUUUCCUGUGAAAUUUCUCCGGGGGACCGGGACAGGCGGAGGGCUGACGGAGCUGGGAGCUCAGGCAUGGAGGCGCACGGAGGCGCUGCCUUCCCCGUCUGACAGCGGCGGCUUGUCCUUCUCCACACCCCGAUCGGCGCAGCACGUUGUGGGAUUAGAUCAUGGCAGAGCCUCUGCUGAAGAGGACUUUCUCUCGGCUUCGAGGUAGAGACAGAUCCCGGAGGAAAACAGACCCGAAACCUGAAGACAUUCCGGGGAAGAACAACGUGCCCCCAAGCUCUUCAUCAUCGCCGCCGGCAGAGGCCGAGGCCCCCCCAUCUCAGCCGGUGCAAGACUCUGUCAGACGGGGGACCCAGAUAACCGUGGCCAAGAAACAGAACUGGGCCAAGCUUCCCUCUCUGUCGUGGGAACCCCCUACCUCAGAGGGACCUCACAGCCCAGCACCCAGAGCCCAGGACUGGGAGAACAGCUCAGGAAAAGCCCAGGUCUCACGACAGGCCUGGAGCCAGAAGACCUUAGUGGAGGAUGGCCUGGAAAGCAGACAUUUCGAGAGGGAGCUUGGGAUCUGUAGAACUUCCUGUCAGGCCUACAAUGCAGGCCUUCCAGAGCUCACCCGGUCAGUGGGGGCUUGUGUUUCCUCCAGCGCUGUAAAGGUCCCUGGCCAGGGGGCAUACCUCCAGAGCCUGGAACGCAGCAGCCGUGCCUGGGUGCUCUCCAGUGGCAAGCCCCACGUGGCCGAGGUGGUCCCCUUCUCCCUCCCCAGCCGCCUGACGGAGUGGAGGCGAGGGGUGGAUGGGGAGAGCAACAUUUGGUACAACCCCAUCCCGGAAGAGGAGGACUUGCGUGGUUUUGGAGGAGGAACAGAGAGGGUCGACUACGGAGACCCCUGGAAGAGGAGGGACACUGAGGCAUCAGGGGAGAACCAGAGGGAUGUCCAGGCCAGGGACUGCGGCCUCCCCGCGGAGAGGCGUGGCAGCAGUGGCACACAGGGGAGCGCUGGGAACCCCCCCUCCAAGGAGAUCUCCGUGGAAAUGGCCUCAGCAGGCAGGAGGGAGAUCCCAGAUCUGGCCCAGCCGGAGGCCCAGGUGCCGGUUGCGGUGGCCGGGGGUGUCUGCACCGCGCAGGGACCCUCGGACAGCCCAGGGUCCCACAAGAAGGGGGGCGGGGCCAGCAGUGUCAUGGACAAGAUCAAGUCCCCCGGCACGGUGCGGCGGCUGUCCAUGAAGAUGCGCAAGCUGCCAGAACUGCGGCGGAAGCUGAGCCUGCGCUCCUCGCGCUCACAGCGGCAUGGCCAAGGACAGGGCGGGGCUGUGGGCGGGGCUGUGGGCGGGGCUGGGGGCAGCUCCCCGCCCGAUGCUCGCAAGGAGGCCUCCAGUAACGUCAUCAGCCGCUAUCACCUGGACACCAGUGCCCCAGCACGGCCACAGCGCUGCUCCUCUAGAGGGCGCUCUUCCGGCAAGGUCGGCUACCUGAGCGAUGGCGACUCCCCCGAGCUCCUGCCCAAGCAAGGGGCCCCACCCUCGCCCCAGAGCACAUCCCCGCCCCCUGGGGAGGCGGGGCUGGACCCCGGGUCCUUCCAGCCGUACCAGUUGUCGGAGCAGCCGCGCUGCGCCCAGCGGGUGUCUGGGCUGCUCACAGUGCACCUGCUUGGCGCUGACCAGCUGUUCCGCUCAGCCCAGCCAGAGGUGGCCCGCGAGGUGUUCUGUGCCAUCCAGGUGGACGGCGUGACCAGGGCCCGCACGGCGCUGCUCGUAUGCCGUGGGGCCGCCCUCCCGCUCAACCACACCUUCAACCUGGAGCUUGAGCGCGCCCGGCUGCUCAAGCUAGUCAUCCUAGCCCCACAGCCCAGCUCCCCCACCGCCAGCACCCCCCAGGCCCCCGCUGCCCCAGCCCGCAACCGAGUCUGCUGCCUGGGGGGCGUGGCUAUCCCUCCACUCUUCAGAGGCUCACGCUCGCAGCAGCUGUGUGUGAAGCUGGACCCGCGGGGCCUCCUCUAUGUGAAGCUGACCCUCCUGGAGCAAUGGGAGCCGGCCCCCCCACGGCCCAGCGACCUCCAGCCAGCUAGCGUGUUUGGUGUGGAACUGCGCCACCUGGUGGAGAAGGAGGGUUCUGCGCUCAAAGUUCCCCUGUUGAUCCAGAAGAGCGUGGCGGAGAUUGAAAAGAGGGGACUGAAGGUGGUGGGCCUGUAUCGCCUCUGCGGUUCGGCGGCCGUGAAGAAGGAGCUGAGGGACGCGUUUGAGCGGGACAGUGCCGCAGUCACUCUGAACGAGGAGAUCUACCCGGACAUCAAUGUCAUCACCGGCAUUCUGAAGGACUACCUUCGCGAGCUGCCCUCGCCGCUCAUCACGCGCACGCUCUAUGAGGUGGUGCUGGAGGCCAUGUCCCUGCGACCACCCCGCGGCGCCCCCCUCCGGACGCAUGUGGACUUGCAGCAGCCCCAAAGCCCGGUGGCUCUGCUGGAGUGUCUCCCGGAACCAGAGAAGGCCACGCUCACCUUGCUCCUGGACCAUCUCAGCCUGGUCGCUUCCUACAGCCACAGCAACCGUAUGACCUGCCAGAACCUGGCAGUGUGCUUCGGACCCGUACUGCUUGCACCCAGCCAGGAAUCCUGGAGACCCGGGGCCCCGGUGGGCCACUCUGGCACCAGCACCCAGAGAGGGGGCCGGGGGUAUUCGCACGGCGAGGACAUCACCAGCGCCGUGGACUUCAAGAAACACAUCGAGGUCCUGCAUUACCUGCUGCAGCUGUGGCCCAUCCCUGUGGACCGGGCCGUGGGUGAGCCUCCCUCCAAGCCCCCCACUUCUGGACUGGCCCCGCCGCUUGCUGCUCGCCCCGCCUCCCAGGAUGGCCCACGCCAGCGAGGCCUGCGCCUGCCUCUGCGCCUGGAACUGCCUCAGGAGGUGGUGGUGUCCCGGCGAGGGCGGGGCCGCCUGGAGAGCCCCCCCUGCAACAGGUACGCCGGCGACUGGAGCAUCUGCGGGGGGGACUUCCUGACAAGCGCCGAGGCCGACUAUGACGAGGUGGCGGGGAGCGACAGUGAGGAGGAUGAGGAGGAGGUGAGGAGGAGGCGCGAGCAGGGAGCCAUAAAGAAGGCCAGCUGGGCCCCAUCAGGAGGCGUCUAUGUGGACAGCUUCUCCCUGGAGACUGAAGCCCUGGACCUGGAUGCUCCCUUCACCUGCCGGCUGAGUCUGAAGGACUUUGACACUCUGAUCUCUGAUUUGGAGAGAGAGCUGGCCAAACAGAUCAACAUCUGCCUCUGACGGUGACGAGAGGCGGAGCGGCAGGGCGGACGCCGAAAUGCUGAUUAUUACUUUCCUUUUUUUCCUUAACGCUCUGUUUGAAAGACCAAAGACGACAAGCAAUGAUUUUUGCUUCAAUCGGUUUAUGUAUAGGCGUAUUAAUACUGCCGACAUUACGUGGGCACUGUUUACCGUCACAGUAUGUAAUUCUGUAAUUCCAAAGAGUGUCUCUGACAGGUAAUUGAGCUCUUGCAUCAGGCUUGAUUAGCGUGAUAUGAAGCAGUUUCCUUUCAUUCUGGACAAUCGACAUUAAUAAGCUCUUUAAAAAAACCUCACAUUGACAGCCGUUAAUUGCUUCAAAUACCGUCUCAUGCCUGAUCUGUACAUCUGAGGUUCAUUGUGUAUUUUGUAACGUUGUCAUUACAUUAGCCUCUUUUAAUUUUUUUCGAUUAAUCUUUCCUUAAGGCUGAUGUUGCUCCCCAGAGAAGCGCAGGGCACAUUCAAACCAAAGUGAAGGAGCCCUUUCUGUCGUGCAUCAGACCGGUGGGCUCUGUCUAGUUUAGAUUAUUAUUCAGUAUUUAUCAGCUAACUUGAAGGCAGGGGAGCUCGAAGCAGGUCUCUGCUUGCACUCACUCACCCGACUCACCCGACUGUCGACGGCGUCCUUUUUGCACUUUCGUACCACACCUUUUGUAAGUUUUGUACUUGCUGCUUAUUAUAAUACAGUGUGACUUUUUGUAACUGUUAUUCAGUUCCUAGGCACGGUACGGUAUUUGCCCAACUGUGACUCUACAAAACCAGAGAAGGAAUUCAACAGCCAUAUGUGUUGGUGGGUCUUUUCUGUCCCCUGUGUGAAACAGCAGACCUUCUCUUUGACGGGGCGACGCCAAACAUUUCUUUUGGGUCGACUUGGGUCGCGUGACUUUUGCGUAAUUUUUGUGUAUUUUGUUUAGUUGUAUAAACAGUAUUACUUGAUGUUGCACCUACAACAAGCACUUGUCUUAUUUUCUAUAUCUGUAAAUGUUUGUGUGUGCGUGUCAUAAAUGGGGUACUGUAACAUGCCAUACAGUGUUAUCUACCAAAAAUUACAGUCAUCAAAAAAUAAAGCACAGUAUUAUAUUUAA